AUGGAGCAGUCACCAAUCAAUCCCAUUGUUUCGGGGUUCGCGCCAGACCCGUCUGUCGCGGUCAUAGAUGGGACCUUCUUCCUUGCCACAUCAUCCUUCCAUCUUUUUCCUGGUCUUCCCAUCUAUACAUCCAAUGACCUGGUGUCAUGGACGAACAUAGGGAAUGCAAUCAAUCGGAAAGGCCAAAUUGGUCUCUCAAACUCGAGAACACGCCCUAUUCAUGUCACAGAUGAGGGCGAGCCGCUGUUAGCUGCAGGUGGACUGUGUGCUCCGACCAUUCGCCAUCACAAGGGAACAACAUAUAUCGUUUGCACCAACGUCAUCCAUAAGAAGGGAGAGUCUGGUCAAUGCUAUGAGAAGUUUGUCAUAUCAUUAACCGAUAUAUGGUCCAACACAUGGAGUGAUCCAGUCUACUUUGACUUCAACGGUAUCGAUCCUGAUCUCUUCUUUGAGGAUGACAACCGGACUUAUAUCUAUGGCUCUUCAUAUACAACCGGACCACCGUGGAUAUCCAGGGUUGCUAUCAAUUGUUUUGAGAUCGAUAUACAGACCGGCGAAAACUUUCACCGCAAAAGGAGGUCUGGGAAGGGUUUACGGGAGGGAUGGUACUACCUUUUGACUGCUGAAGGCAGAACAGAUGACGGUCACAAUACCACGAUUGCGCGAUCAAAGUCUAUCUGGGGCCCCUUUUAUGAAACGGCCUACCUCUCACACACAGGCCAUGGGGAUCUCUUUCAGGACCUUGAAGGAAACUGGUGGAUCGUUGUCUUAGGCGUGAGAAAAGAAGGCGGCAUAUGCCCAAUGAGUCGCGAGAGUUUCAUCAGUCCGGUCCAAUGGCCAGAAGGUGGCUGGCCGAAUGUCCCGCCCAUUCAGUCGAAUCCUGACAUGGCUGUAAAAGGGUUUCCAGGCUCCUCGAAGUUGAUUCCCUCACUGAGGCACCUUGAUUUCCUCCACAUCCGUGACACCGAAUCUGAAGACUAUGUGGUCUCUCAAGAUGGCCACAGCGUUUCCAUUAGGCCACGUCAAGCCCCGCUACUGGACCCAAUGGGUCCGAUUUCCUUCAUUGGAAAGCGCCGAAGAAGACUUCAAGGAGAUUCGAGAGUGUCCCUGCCCAAAUCAUCCUUGGAGACUGUGGGAGUAUUGGAAGCCGGUCUGGCUUAUUACAAGGAUGAGUUUCGUGUUGUGAGAGUCUUUUGGAGCCUAGAAACGUCUACCAUCGUCUUCAAGCUUGAGAACAAGCUUCGGUCCUUAACGCAGCGAGUUGAGAUUGUCUCACAACCCAAACGUUCUGUGGACUUCCGCAUCUCCUAUACUUCUCAGCAUGUCGAGUUCAGCUUUGCUGAGGACGGAUCCAAAUGGAUCUUGUUGUCCAAGGUCGAUGCCUACGCUCUGUACGGAUCUGGCUUCGUUGGUCCAAUUAUCGGCGUGUACGCCACUACGGAACGCGACGCAAGUUUUGUCGAGUUCAAGGGAUCUCAGGUUGAAUAG